GGUGUCGGAAGAAGUUGUUAUUGAGUGGGAGCUACUAUAUUGUAUAUAUUAUACAGAUCAGACUUUGAAAAAUGGUCAUUUAUACAAAAAGAAUCUUUACAUUUUUGGCGGCAUUUGUCAUAAUGUAAUUUUUCCCAAAUUAAUGUUUACCUGCGUAAUUUUCCCCCCUUAUAUACUAAGUUAAAUACAUACCUCAUAAUUAAAACUAGAGGAGAGAAUUUAUUGAAACUUGGCUUGAUUAUAGAAUAUCAAAAACUGGAAACAAUUUUAUGAAAAAUCUUACUUUCAGUGGCAUAUUUAUAUAACUCAAAAAGUAGCAUGAUGACCUAAAGAUUUUCAUAAAAUUGUUUAUAUUUUGAUACUAAUUAAUCUUGCAAAGUCUUAGAUAAUUUACGCUCUGUGCUAGUUUUAACCAAAAUUUGGGAAUUUAAUGCUUAUUUUCCUAUUAAAAAAAGACCAUGCCCUUUCCCUAAGAAAACGAGAAAAAGCAAAUAGGGACUUCUCAUUAUUUUGUAUGAGGACAAAGAUGUCUGCCACCACAUGCCAAAUAAACCAUUGUUUAAACAAAUCAUGUUUAUUUGUUUUAAAAUGGAAACAUAUUCGUAUUUUAUCUAAAAGAUUAACAUUUUUUGAAAGAUCUCAAUGCCAUGUGCAUGCUAUCAGUAAUGGAUUUCUUCUUGUUUGUAAUUUUGAGUCUCUUUUUGAACUCUGUGUUAAAAUUCUUCAAGGAGGGAACAUUUUUCAUCAAAAAUGGGUAAGUAAAUUACUAAAUAAGUGUUAAAGGGAAGCAGGAAGUUUUGUUUAUGAUAAUCAAGCAGUGGAGCUUGAUUGAAAUGUUGAACCUUUUUUGGACAAUCUGUAUGAUAGUAUGAUAGUGGUAGAUUUUGCUCUCAGUUUAGGGAAGAUCCUCUGUCUUAGAGUUAAAAAGGCACGAAAUCCUGUGGAAAGAGAAAGAUAAGUUUAGCUUAACUAAGUAAAAUGUGAGAUUAACUGCUAACUACUUUAACUCUCAGCAGGCAAUGUUUUGAAUAAUAAAUUAUUUCCAGCAUCAGUUUCAUUCAAAAUGCAACAUAAGUUUGUUUCCCCAGAGAAAUUUAUUGUACAAGUUUUAAAUUAACUUCUUAAUAAUGAACACAACCAUUUUCACCACCGAAUAAUAUAUGGAACAAAAAUGCUAAACAUUACAUGUAUACAUGUAUAUUUCAUACUGAAGACUAUAUUUACCGGAAUGUCUGCAUUGGUGUAACAUUUUGUCCUAAUUCAUAUAACUUUAAACUUGGCUAUGUAUUCUUUAACUAAUGUGUGUUGUGGGGAUAUUAAUCACCUUAAGUAUCAAAGUGACAAAAACAGAGAUGAUUUUGACACAAGUUGCUUUCAAUUGAAUGACAGUGUCAAGUUAUUAUUUCAGUGUUGACGCAACUGAAGAAAGUGGAUUUCUAGGCCGACUGGUUAACCAUGGCACAAAGAGAGAGAGAAAUUCAGUCAUGAAAGAAGUGAAUGGAUACCUUUGCCUGUUUUGCUUGAGAGAUAUCAAGCCUGGAGAGGAAAUUUUGUAUGAUUACGGAAUAAAAAAGUUGCCUUGGGAAUCCAAGAAAUAUUCAAUGGUAUUUUUGGUUGAUUCACGUACUAUGGCAGUUAAACAGCUACAUGACAAUGACCUGUUUGAAGUUGAGGGAAGAGCUUUGAAAUGGAAGGCCCAGACUGUUUGCAGUUGUGAAGAGACCAAUAUUUCAACAUCUUCAAAAAAACAUUCUGAAUUAACUUACACAGCCCAGAAGUUGACAUCAGUAACCCAAGAUUACACAAAUAAAGUAGAGCUCCCAAAACUUCAGUCGCAAGAACCAGAUUCAACAACAGACCUAAAUAGACAUGAAGGUAAAAGACCACUUAAGAUAAUGACAGUAAAACCCAAGGAAGAUCGAAGGGGGAAAACUGACAACUCGAAGCAACAUGCUUGCCUGUUUUGUGGAAAACUUGAUCUGAAAAUUGCGCGUCAUUUAUGCAGCAAACAGCAUAUGAAUGAAAAGGAGAUUGCUCAGUUGCCUUCAUUUAAAAAGAGAGGAAGUGUGUCACAGUUAGAGAGGGAGCGAGAACUAGAUGCUUUGCGAACUGAAGGAGAUUUUCUGUACAAUGUAGAUAUCCUGAAAUAUGGUGAUAAGAAGGGUUAUGGACUGAUAGUGGCUAAGAGACCAGAGGCAGGAGUGCACAGUGCAAAAGAUUACUUGCCAUGUAAAUACUGUUUAAGGUUUUAUGUUAAAACUGAACUCUGGAGACAUGGGCAACGGUGUCGGUUCAUGCCUAAACCUUUAGUGGAAGACACAAUUGUAUUAAAAGAUAGUGAAGAGGAAAGGGAAAGUAGAAAAUUCAUUGAAGAUUGUACCUUACUGUUAAAUGGUGCUGGUGUUCCUAACAAGCAGAUCACAAAGGAGGAUGAAGAGGAUUUCUUCUACUAUGUGCUCUCAUCAUUACAAGAAGAUUCUGUCGGAAAGGGCUUAAAGCAAGAUAUUGGUAUUGUGAAAUACGGGAAAAAUGAAUUUGAAAGGCUUGGAAGGAGAAGGGCCAAUGAAGUUCGCUAUCGCAUGAGACUUCUUGAAAGAAUUAAACUAGAAGUUCUGUCUCUUGAUAAGUCAGAAAAGAAAUCGAGUUUGGCUUUGUUACUUGUACCAGAAAAGUUUGAUCUUUUUGUUCAGGCUGUAAGGAACAUAACUGGCAUUAGUGAUGAGAGAAGCUUGAAUGGUGUCUUAAUGUUUGAAAAACCACAGCUGGCCAGAAAGACUGGACAGAUUGUGAAAAAGUUCUCAGAAAUGUCAGAGGGAGAGGCUGUCGUUGAGAGGAACAGAGAGAAAAGACAGGACUUUACAGAUUUCUUAUUUCUGUAUUCUAAAAAUUGGUCCAGCAAAAUAGGGAGCUUGGCCCAUCAAACAACAAAUGAGAAAAAGUUCAACAAGAAGGAAAUGUUGCCAGUAACAGAGGACUUACAAAAGCUUCAGAAAUACUUGGACAAAGAAAUUGGAAUUGAAAGUCAGGUGUUAACGACUGAGCCUUCGAAGAACAAUUGGAGGACUUUUGCUUAUGUUCUCCUGACUAAGGUAACACUUUUCAAUUUCCGAAGAGGAAAUGAGUGUGCUGCAAUGCAGUUAACAAAGUUCCAGGAAAGGGAGGAUUGGAGCAGUGGUAAUCAAGAGAUCUACCAGUCACUGAGCAGAUUUGAACAGGGACUGGCAAAAAG